GAUUAUGUCACUGUAGCUAGCAAAGUUACCAUGUCAAAAAUUCAUGAAAAUUAUUCCAAGAUUCAUCUCAUUGGUUUUGAAAUUUGUUAUGAUUCUUCCUCGUUCAAUCCUAAAACACGAGAUCAUUUGUUCUUUUCUUGGUUUGAACUUUUGUAAAAGAUAAAAGUAGCAUAUAUUGAAAUAAGAGGUUGUGUUUUCUUCCCAAUUGUUUUCUCUUUUUAUUCUCUCCCAAAUUAGAAAAAAGGGAAAAAUGAAAAUUGUUACUUUCUUUGUUCUCGGCUUCCAUGCGCUCUGUAAUUGUAAAGGCAGGGUGAGUGAUCUUGUUCCAAUUUUAUGGGUGAGGAGUGGAAACUGGGAAAGGGGAUGAGCAUUUUGAAUUAGGCUACUGGUCCGGUCCUUGGGGCCAAAUAUCAUCGCCGUACACGUCACCAGGGUCUUGCUGAGCAGGAGUUAACCAGCCGGAUCUUCUUGUUGAUUAUAAGCCUGGUACAUUGGAUUCUUACUCUUGCUUUUCAUGGAGGGGAAUGCCAUGACUGAGUAGUUUUUCUUUCUUUUAUCUUCACUUGCCUCUAUAAAGCUGCCAAAGUCACUUGUUCCUUGCUUACUCAAGCAGAAAAUUCUUUACCUGCCAACUUUGUUAAACCCUGUUCCAUUUAUUAUUUCUUUUUUGCGGCCUUCCGAGUUUAAACCAUUGAUUAUGCUUGUCUCCUGCUUACAAUGACUGUUGAAAUUGCCAAGGAGGCGAGCUCCACUGUUCUGGGUUUCUAGUUCAUUGGAAAAUGGACGCUGGCGGCAAUGGAGAUUUAGUGCCUGAAUAUGGAUGUGGGGGUCUUUUGGGUUGCUCAUCUAUGGAUAGUUUUGUGGAUAAGGUUCUUAACAGCAAUAUUGUCUCGGAGCCUUUGCACAAUCAUUGGAGUGAAGCAAAUUCAUCUGCCAGUGGUGGCUGGGCUCCACUUGAUUCGAUUGUGAAAAAUGUAAAAAUUGGGGCUCAUCCAAAUUUUUCCGAUGUUCAUGUCAAUAGUUCUUCCUACACUGAUAUGUUACGAAGUGAAGGGACAAGUGGCUUCUCUCACCUUGGUCAGUUUCAAUCAGAUUGCAGUCUAGCAGAGAUAGAGUUUAACCCUUCCUGCUUUGGCAGUGGGAUCUUUUCACAGAGAGAUAAUUUUGUAAUCCAACAAAGGUGCCAUCAGAUAACUAAUUGUGGUACUUCUGCUGACUAUUCCCAAGAACGACGUGGCAAUGAAUCCGAAAAAGCGUUGAAUUCACUAAGUACAGCCAAUAAGUAUACCCAAAUCCAAGAGGAGAGUAAAACCUUUGAUGAAGCAACCAUGAAACCGUCACUUGAUGUGAAAAGAAGAAAAAAGGAAAAUUCUUCUCCAUUUUUUCUGUUAAAGACCAUGAAAGCAGAUCAAGGAGUAGGCCAAUCCAUUCAAGCGUUAGAUGACAAGAAAAGGAAACCUGAACAAAAUCCAGCUGAUAAUAUCUGCUGUCAACUCGUAGGUAAACAAGUUAAAGACAGUUCUACUAGUGGGGAUGCUUCAAAAGAAGACUAUGUUCAUGUGAGAGCCAAAAGAGGCCAAGCAACCAACAGUCAUAGCCUUGCAGAGAGAGUGAGGAGAGAAAAAAUUAGAGAGCGAAUGAAAUAUUUACAAGAUCUUGUUCCAGGAUGUAGUAAGUUUCCACUCAACUUUCAGAUCACAGGAAAGGCAGUAAUGCUUGAUGAGAUCAUCAACUAUGUUUUGUCAUUGCAACGGCAAGUUGAGUUUCUGUCUAUGAAACUUGCCACUGUCUAUCCUGAAAUGCAUGUUGACCCAGAACAGGUUCUGUCCAGAGAUAUUCAUCAUUUGCAAGGUGCCAGUGCAGCUAUUCUGGGUGAUCCAGGCAUGGACUCUUAUCCCAAAGAAAUGCUGCAAGGAGCCUUGCUGGCUGCCCAGACCUCGAACCUGGAACCUCGAAUCUUCCCCAGUGUGGCACCCGUGUGGGACAAAAAGCUUGAUAGUUCAAGCUAGAUAAACUUUAUUCCUCAUCUAACCCCUCAAAAUCCAGAGUCUAAUGUGAUUGGUGUUCUGCAGGUAGCUUUGAAGGAGAGGCAUAGAUUUCCUUCCUGGUGGAUCAGAGGCUUAUUGGUCUAGAAAAUAAAGCCAUCCGUUAUCCCUCAGUUGAUUAGAUUUCUAAAUAGAUAUUAUUCAGUCAUUGCCUCGAUCAGGAGAAACUACAGCAGUGUUGGUGGAAACGGACAACGGUACUACUACAUGAUUGAAUUGAGCAAAAAACCACUGAUUAACCUGGUUCUUUGAAUUUUAGGAGAUGAUGUGUUGGUAAUGCUGAUACAGUCUAACAACAUGGGCUUGCCAGCACGUCCUAGCGAGCUAAGAUUGUUUUGGAGCCUUCCAGGUACUUCUGAACGCACAAGCUUCUGUAACUUCUAAGAUUGAACGAGUCUGGAUUAGUUGCAAGUCCAUGCUCUAGGCAGUUAAACGUUGUCUUCUUGAGAGUCAAGCAUUCUUAUUUGCAUGAUUUCUGUUGACCUGUAAUUUCUUGUGAAUGAACGAGUUUGACAUGCAUAGAGAGUAAUUUUAUCUUAUGAUCGUGAGAAUAACAAGAUGAGCCUC